UUCAUAAUUAUCGUCAAUAAACCGAUGAAAAUGACACGCAUUUGUAUCUGUGAGAUGUGCAGCUGUGGGCGUCACCGCUGCACACACCAGCCUACGACUCUUUACAAGAAAGACUCUCAGACCAAUGUGUUGUCAGAGUACACAGAGAAGUAUCCUCCCUAUAAAGGUCACACUCGUCCCAAGAGCCUCAAGCCCCAACUGCAGUAUAAAGCACAUCAGGACACGAUGGACGCAACAACCACCUUCAGGACGGAUUAUAUCCCAUAUCCAGUCACUCAUCGCCCUGAGAAGCAGCAGCUCGAGUACAAGCCCAAGUCUGGAGAGAUUGAUUUGGGAACCACCUAUAAACAAGACUUCAACCCGUAUGAACUGCAGCCAUUUACUCCUUUGCGCCCUAAAGAGAGAGUGCAUGUUGUCAAUGCAAAACUGGACACUGUACCCACCUAUAAAGAGGAUUUUCGUCAGUGGGAGAUCAUCAGACGGGAAUUAACCAAGCCGGAUGCAACAUACCAACCUCCUGCCACAAAGUUUGGGAAUUCCACAACAUUUCAGGAUGAUUUCAUCCACCGAGGCCUCGUACCCCGCGAGAGCUACAAACCUCCCAACGUAGCCAAGCUUUCAAAUACUCCUUUUGAAAACACCACCAGCAACAAGCUCUCGUACAUCCACCAUCCUCUAGAAGCCCGUUACAUCAAACCUCCAGAAGAGUACAAACCCAGCAGCCAUCCCUUCUAUGACGUCACCACCCAUCGACAGGACUACCAAGGUCUGCCUAGCCAGUCCACUAAAAGCUGCAAGCCUGAACCGGUCAAAGUGGCGUCCAACAAACCCUUCCAGAGCAGCACUGAAUUCCGUGACCAAUUCCAGCAUUGGCCUGUUUCACUUCCCCAGAUGCAGAAGUCGGUAGAAUACACCAGUCCUACAGCAAACAUGGAUCUGACUACGACUUCACACUCUGACUACAUCAAGCACCAAAUCCAACCGUUCGUUUCCAGCAAACCCUUUUCACUUCCAGCAAAGUCUUCCAGGCCCUUCCAGGCCAACACCACCAUGAGGGAUGACUUCCAGCCUUGGGUGGCGCAGCGUCAAAGCAUCAUCCGGAAGCAAGAGGAGCUCCAGCGGCCGAGUGGAAAAAUGGAAGAUCUGACAACUUUCAGGGCACAUUUCAUCCAGCAUGAAGCCCAGCCCAGUUUCAGCUUCAAGCCCCAGAAUUCACCGCUCCACACCGACAUCCCACUGCAGGCCGAUACAAUGUACCGCACUGAAUUCACGCCCAAGAAGAUCAGCAUGUGUCCCGCUAGUUUCGAGACGCCACCGGGGUUUGUGUUCGAGAAUCGCGACGAUCAAGGCCAUCGCUUUUUCCGCAAGAUGACAUCCACCGACAGGAUUGAGACCCCGAAAGAAAUGGUCUUGACGGCUUGAGAAGGCCCAUCGUGAUGUUUCUAUAAAAGGUGACGCAACUGGCACAAAAUGUCUCGAAAUUAUUGUACUUCA